AUCGACGUACGAGGUACUGGAAUCGCGAUGUUGAAUCUGAGGGGAAUCGAGAGUCGCCGCCAUUUCGCCGACGCCCGGAAGUGUGAGCGCAGGACGGAGCUGACAUGGCUGGGCGUCUGCCCGCUUGUGUGGUCGACUGCGGCACGGGGUACACAAAACUGGGUUAUGCCGGCAACACGGAGCCACAGUUUAUCAUCCCAUCAUGCAUCGCCAUCAAGGAGUCAGCAAAGGUGGGCGACCAGUCCCAGAGGAGGGUGAUGAAGGGCGUGGAUGACCUGGACUUCUUCAUCGGAGACGAGGCCAUCGAGAAGCCGAACUAUGCCACCAAGUGGCCCAUCCGACAUGGCAUGGUGGAGGACUGGGACCUGAUGGAGAGGUUUAUGGAGCAGAUCAUCUUCAAGUACCUCCGAGCCGAGCCUGAGGACCACUACUUCCUCCUGACGGAACCACCACUCAACACCCCAGAGAACAGAGAGUACACGGCAGAGAUCAUGUUCGAGUCCUUCAACGUGCCGGGUCUCUACAUUGCCGUGCAGGCAGUGCUGGCACUGGCUGCGUCGUGGACGUCAAGGCAAGUGGGUGAGCGCACGCUCACGGGGACUGUGAUCGACAGCGGAGACGGCGUCACCCACGUCAUCCCCGUCGCGGAGGGGUAUGUCAUCGGGAGCUGCAUCAAGCACAUCCCCAUCGCCGGCCGCGACAUCACCUACUUCAUCCAGCAGCUGCUACGCGAGCGGGAGGUGGGGAUUCCGCCAGAGCAGUCGCUGGAGACUGCCAAGGUCAUCAAGGAGCGCUUCUCCUACAUCUGCCCGGACAUUGUCAAAGAGUUCAACAAGUUUGACUCGGACCCUGGCAAGUGGAUGAAGCAGUACACCGGUGUCAACGCCAUCACCAAGAAGGAGUUCACCAUCGACGUGGGUUACGAGCGCUUCCUGGGGCCCGAGAUCUUCUUUCACCCGGAGUUCUGCAACCCCGACUUCACGCAGCCCAUCUCUGAGGUUGUGGACGAUGUCAUCCAGAACUGCCCCAUCGACGUGCGCCGGCCUCUCUACAAGAAUGUGGUCUUGUCCGGAGGCUCCACCAUGUUCCGUGACUUUGGACGGCGACUGCAGCGUGACCUCAAGCGCACGGUCGACAGCCGGCUCCGGAUCAGCGAGGAACUCAGUGGCGGUCGCAUCAAGCCAAAACCGAUCGAUGUGCAAGUAGUUACCCAUCACAUGCAGCGCUACGCCGUGUGGUUCGGAGGUUCGAUGCUGGCUUCCACCCCCGAGUUUUACCAGGUCUGCCACACCAAGAAGGACUACGAGGAGUACGGGCCCAGCAUCUGUCGCCACAACCCGGUUUUUGGCGUCAUGUCCUAACGGGUGGCAUCAGAGCUCCACUCAUGCACUCACGCUCGCACGCACGCUUGCUCGCUCGCGCAUACUCGCACAUCUGGGGCUCUGCAAGCUGCCUUGCAAGUGCACACGGGGACAGGAAUGCAUCUUUGGCGGACGCUCCAUGAAAAAUAAAAACAGCAAUGCACUGUCCAGUUCAUAUAUAUAUACAGUAUAUAUAUCUUUUGUUGCCGUCUGCGAACCAUGUCAUUGCAUUUGGUUAUGUUUGAUCCGAGUCCUAUUUUUUUUUACUUGUUAGGAUCAGGUUCGAUUUUAAUCACAUCACGCAAUAAAAACGUGUUUGAAAUAAACAUAAUACUGUCCCAUUAUUUUUUUUGCAUAUGCUUACGUUUAUACAAAAAUAAUUAUUCGUAUUUUCUAAAUGUGUUUUUUUGAUUCAUUAAAAAAGGUUGACGCAAAAUGAGUUUUAUUUCUCCCCAUUUUCCUCUCAUCGCAAGUUCUUUGCCGGCUCUGCUAGCCGUUUGAGCUGUGCUCGAUCGACUCGUGAGUUUGAGCUCACGCUAACCCAGGGUUUCGAUGAUGUGCGCUCACGGUUACGGCGCUGGGCCGGCAGAUGCUACGUGCAAAUGGGAAUGCCGAGAAUGUGUUUUUGGCAGUCCGCAUGAACUGUGCCCAUUGUGGCCCAGUAUUCAAGAAUAAUGAUGAUGAAUUGGUGGCUGGAAUGUACAGAAACCACAAUAGCCUACAUCAAAUUAUGGUGCUGCAAGCCUUUGCCACAGAGUCUGGGAUUGAAAACCUAUCGCAAGCGUUUGAAAUAAAAAUAUCCCAAAAAGUUUGAAUAUUGGAUUUCGUACAAAUUGUUAUGCCCGCUGCACACAUUUGUCGUAUUCUGAAAAUUCUGAAUUUGCAAAAUAAUUAAAAAUAUAUAUAAUACCGAGGCCCUCUCUUGCCAUUGGUUUUCAGUGCCCGAGUGUAUCAUUGUUUAACGUCUAUACAUUGUGAAAUCAUUUCCCCUUCCAUUCUGCCUGACAGUGACGUGGAAUGUGCACAUUUUUUGUGGCAAACUUUGAAACCUCGCCAUCCGUUAUUUUCGUGUGUAUAAAAAAAAUGUAUGCAAUAUGUGUCUUGGGUGUGGCGGUCUUGGAAUGACAGUAAACUUUUUGAGUGUCGUGUUGCGUUAACAUUUUAAAGAUGAACAUGAACUUGAUGCUACGGAUUUCAUUUGUCUUCUCUCUGCCGUCACAAGCGCUUAACGAACCGGCUAACCGUGCCGCGCCACCAGCACCGCCACCGAGCUGUACGUCUUGGUGGGCUGCAGGUUGACAGGUUGGUUUUAUAGUGGAUUGAGCGUGGAUAGUCAUUGAGUUAUGAUGAGUGAUAAUACAAUACACAUCAUCGCAGAUUUGACGAGAGCAACCUUUGGAAAUGAAGGGGAAAAAAUCUAUUGAAUGCUGGGGUUUUUUCGGGCAUGAAUUAAAUUAUCUUCUGCAAACAGAAUCCAGAUUAUCUUAUGAAUUUGCAAAAAAAAAAGCUCUAGGGCGCCUGAAAUUGUACACGUUUUUUUGGCAAAAAAUGAAUAAAUAAAUGUGUUUUAAUCAGUGUU